AUGAGAUUGUUAUUGAUGCUUGUGUUGUGCGGUGUAAUAGCGGCCGCGCCGAAUGUUGAAAAACGAGAGCCAAUAUAUGUUGGAGAAAUACAAGACUUAUCUAACCAGAAUCGCAAUAUACUCGUGAACGUUCUAAUACGCCAGUUCUUUACCAUCCUCCGUAACAUUAUCAACAAUGGGUUCGACUCUCUGGGCAUCCCACCACUGGACCCGCUGAAACUGGACCAUUUCCACUUGGUGAUACCAGCUGGAAUUAUCAACCUCGAUUUGGAGCUGAAGGACGCAUUAGUGGCCGGUAUCGGCGGGUUUGUCGUCCACAAAAGUGACCUGGAGCUGUCAGAAUUAUCGUUUGAUGUCGACAUCUCCGUGCCACGAUUGGAUAUCAGCACUGACCUUUAUGACCUCACUGGUGAUAUUUUAACUGCUAUACCAAUAUACGGGAAAGGCAAAGCUGAGUUUGUUGUCGAAGGAUUCAGGUUCAAGGCGAAACUGUUCUUGAAACAAUCGGACGAUGGAAAAUCUGUGAUUAUAGACAGGAUAGAGGGCGCUACUUUCGAUCUUCCUUCUCUAACGUCAAACAUUUGUGGCGCCAUAGGGGGAGGCGACAUCGACGCUAUCGUCAACGCAAUAGUAGAGGAAGUGUUGGUAGAUUACGCCGUUCGGUUCCGCGGCGCUAUCUCCAAGCUAGCCGCCCGUGCCGUCAUCACAGUUGGAAACCCUCUCCUAGAACAACUCGACACCUGGCGAUUCAUCGAACCCUUACUGCCAACUGCUUAGCUAUAACGACCCGGGAUUAGAUAUUCGGUAUACAGCACCUAAACUCAAGCGAUUUAGCCUAGAUUAAGAAAUAGGUACCUACCUAACUAUAUUUUUACUCAUAAGGAGGCAUUCCGAUCUUGGCGACCGCGACAGGGUCGCACGACCCACUGCUUAGUAUGAAUUUAU